GCGAGGGCUCGCUCCGAUGGCUAAUCUUUUGUCGUGUUUUCUCGCAGGGGAUUGGGAUUCGAGCAUUCCCUUGGGUAGCGUUCCUGGUAAGAGACGUCUUUCGCUUUUCAUUCCGCGUAUUCAGAAGCUAAUCAACGACGCUAGGAAGAUGAGGCCUCAGCCGAACUUGAGUGAGUUGAUAAGGGCUCAGCUAAACCUCCCGAGAGCCGAUCCUCCGCGCCGUGUGUCGGCGCCUGUUGCCGAGAGUCCCCCGCUAGCUGUCUCGAGAGACGGAUCUCCGGUUCUUGUUGAAGACCUUCCGAUUGAGAAUCCAGCUGUGGACGUUCAGCAAGUCGUGGAGGCUUCCGAGGACGCUCCGGUGAUAACUCCCAGUCCUUCGAAGAAGAAAGGGAAAAAGAGGUCCCGGCGCGAUUCUUCGGCUAAAGUGGAUCAGGAGGAGGAGUCUGUCGGUUGUCCAGAUGCUGAGGGUCCUCCUAAGAAGAAGAAGAAGAAGGGAGCUAAAGCCGGCGAAGGGCCACUUUUGCAGGAAAAGACUGGUCCUCAGGAAGGUGAUGGUGGGGAUGCGGCUGCUGAUUCCGCGGAGGAGACGGGACGUUCUUCCCCCGAGGCUCAGUUGCUAUUGAACAGGAAGAGGAAAGAAACGGGUCCCAGCGAGGGGCACGCCCAAAGCGAGGAUCCGCCGGCUCCCGUCCUUACGACGGCCGUGAGUCAGCCAUCGACUUCUAAGCCUCCGGCUGGACGAAGCUCCGCCCCGAGGAGAGGUCCUCCCGAGUUCCCGGAUAAGGUGUCUUUUGAGUAUGACGGGACGACUCCCCUUAUCUACGCUCCGGGCAAGUGCGCGGAGCUGAUGAGUCAGAUUAACGGUGGUCCCCGGCCACUGCUCUUGAACGAUCUUAUCUUCAAGAAGGAGUACACUGACGCUGCUCAAGCCAAGCUUCGGGGUGAUGGGAGCAUGAAUUUCGUCGUGGAGUUGUACGAUACCGAGCUCAAGGCGACUCGUACUGAGCUGCGGCGCUCGGAGAAGCUGGUGAAGGCCAAGGAUGCCUUUAUUAGAAGGAAGAAGGCCGAGUGGACGGCGGAGACCGAUAAACUCAAGGCGAAGGCGACUCGUGCGAUCUCUCGUCGGAAGGCCCAGAAAGAGAAGUUGGCUGCUACCGAAGCCGAGCUGGGCGUCGUUCAAGAAACCGUGGGGAUCCUUGAAACCGAGAUAGCUCUGAUGAAGGAGAAGGAAGAAGAGACCGAGAAGGAUCAGGUACGGAUCCUUGAGCAGUGCCAAAAGAAGAUCGAUCACCAGGCAAAGGAGAUCGAACGAUUGAAGCGUUCUCGGGUCUUCGAGGUGACGCAGGAGCGGAUUCGCGUUCAAACUGAGAUGAUCGCAAAAUGCAACAGGCGGUUUCGCAACAUAAUGGACCGGGAGAAGCGUCGCGGACCUUUUGAUGAUGCCAACGCCAUGUACAAUCAGGCGUUUGGAACGAGGUCUUGCCUCGAGGUUCUGCUGGAAGCAGGCCGUGACAUCCCGCAGGACACCAUUGAUAUGUUUGCGGCUCGGGAGAAGGAUUACGAUCAGGCGGCUAAGGAGCUCGAAGUGGGAGAUAUCCCAGAAAGCGACCUCACUCUCUCUCCGCUCGUGUUGCCUUCUCAGUUCGUUGACGAGAGGAUGUUAGCGGGCCUUAACACCUUCGGGUCCAACACCAAUCUGAUCGAUCCGAAUGACGCGGCUGCUCUUUCGGACUCGAUCGCUGAAGGAUGUGAACACAGGGAGCUCGGCGACGGUUCUUCGCGAGAGAUGGUUUCGGUUGACGAUCCUACCGGCGCUUUGACUUCCACGGACCGGCCUCUGGAAAAAGGAACCUUGGAGAAAGAGCCUGUUUCGGACGUGGCUGGGAAGGGAUCUCUGAUCCUUCUCGUGUCGGACACUUCUGCUGAUGAUCAGGCGGACGACCAAGGAGAGGAGGAGGUCGAGGGAUCUGGGAAACAAGGUGAAGACGAGGAGCAUGGAUCCGGGGGACUGGGGACGGAAGCUCGGAGGUCCGAGGAGCAGGGACCGGAUGUGACCGAGGAUCUUGCUAAGUAUUAAUCCUCUCUUCUUCUUCCUUGUUAUAUUUCUUUUUGUGCCUUGUUAGGCUUUGCUUUUAAA